AAAACAAUUAAAAAUUAUGCCAAAUAAAGUUCCUGCUUUAAUAACCCUUGGAGUAGAUAGACAAGAUCUCUAAAAAUUUGAUGAUAGAAUGCUAUUAGGAAAUGAGGAAUUCAGAAUUUCAGGUGUGAAAAUCAGUUUAGAUGAUAAAAAAAUAUGUGGAAUCGCUUUUACUUAUCAAAAUAUUAAAAAUGGAAAUAAAAUAUUAUGCAAUGACACUUGCAUAACCGGGAAAAACAUUACUUAAUACGAAUUUGAAAUAGGUGAAAGUAAUAAUAAUAUUUAAAUUUAAGAUGACUUCAUUUAAGCUCUUUUCGGAUAUUAUGAAUCUGGGAUUACUUAAAUAGGGAUUGUAACUUAUAAAGGAUAAUAAGCAAUCUUUGGAAAGGAUUAAGGUUACAAAUUUCAGCAUAUGUUUAUGGGAUAUACCUUUACAGGAUGUUCUGGUACAUAUAAAAAAGGAUUACUAGAAUCUUUGACAUUUAAAGUAGUUAAGUUGCCAAAGGAAUUUCUUGCUCAGCAUGUAUUUAUUUAGUUACUAUAUUAUAAACAGUUCAAUCCUUUACUUUAAAUCCUUUACCCAGAUAAUCCAUAUGAGAGUAUCAUUCUUACUAAGUUUGAACAGGAAUAAGAUUAUAAAUACGAGGAGCAGCCUCAAUCUGUAAUGUAACCUACAUCUGAAAUUAUUUACUAAAUGAUACCAAGUCAGUUACAAUAAGCAUAAUCUGGCUAUCCCGUUUAGAAUCAACAAGUUAUUCAAAAUUAGAUACCACCUUAUGGAAAUCCAUAUUAACAACCAAACCAAUAUUAGACAUAUUAGUAAUAUCCAAAUAGCUAAUUAUAAUAUUCCACAAAUUAAUACGGACCCAAUCAAACCAUUAUAGUAAACUAAUAGUAAUAACCAUAACAACAACAAUGUAGUUAACAAUAAGGACCUGGAUUUGCUGGUACAAUGGCUAAAACUGCAAUUGGAACCUUUGCAGCUAUAGAAACGGUUAGGAUGUUCGAAAACAUAGGUCAUCAUCAUAAUUAGGCAAAUGUAGUUCUUGUUGGUAUAUUUUCAUUGAGAUAGAUUAGGUAACAAUCAUCAUGGACACCAUCAUCACCGAUGAUGAAUUUUAGAAUAGUGG